UGGGAACCAACGGGAAAAGGCUGCAAGGUUCGUUCUUUGUCCCGCUUUACCUGAUAAGCCUCUGGGUAGUGGGUUCUGCAAAAGCUAAAACCUCUGAUGGAGUCCAUCCUCCAGCCUUCUUCCUCGACCAUCCCUAAAUUCGUGAUCCCAGAUCGUUUCUCCUUGAAAAGAAGCCACUGCCCAGCUUUCUUUAACGUAUCAUCGUCAUCGUCAUCUUCUCCUUCUUCAUGGUCUCUGUGUAAUGUACACAGUUCGCCUGUUGGAGCCGCCCGGAAAUCCGUGGCUGUCGGUGCCAAGAAGAGCGACGAGCAUGGGAAGAGAGAGUCGGACGACGGCUACUUGAUUGGACCCGACGAGACCACUGGGCUUUUCCCUGAGGCGGUGCUGCUCAAGGAGAAAAAGGUACAGGAAGAUGGUAAACUUCUACCUGAGUUUGCCGAUGCAGAAGAGAAGGAGCUUUUUGAAUAUCUGAACCUUCAGAUGGAAAGUGACUUAAAAGUUACCGAAAUGCGCCACUAUGAAGUGGUUUAUCUAAUCCAUGAGAAGCAUAUGGAAGAGGUUGGGAGUGUAAAUCAAAAAGUUGAAGAUUUCCUACAGGAGAAGAAGGGCAAGGUGUGGAGAUUUGAGGACUGGGGUCUUCGUAGACUCGCAUACAAGAUUAAAAAAGCCACACAUGCCCACUACAUUCUGAUGAACUUUGAAUUGGAAGGGAAGUGGGUCAAUGAUUUUAAGACCAUGUUGGAUAAGGACGAGAGAGUCAUCCGACAUCUUGUGAUGAAGAGAGACAAGGCGAUUACAGAAGUUCUCCCUCCUCCGCCUGAAUUCCGCAAACUCCAUGGUGGCAUUGAUGAUGGUGAAGAUGAAAUGGAUGAUUUUGAAUAUGAAGAAGAUGAGGAGGAGAUGGAUGAGAUGGAUGACUAUGGAGAUGAGGAAGAAGAUGGCAUUAUUUUGGUCAAGAGUGAUGAAGAUGAAGAAGAAACUAAGAGCAGCAAAUUACCUUCUGCAGAUAAACAAGGGAAAAGUAUAUCUAGAGCAGAGAGAGUUCGUAGGUAGUCUCAAGUUCUCAUUACAGCCUCAUUUUACACUAAAGGGAGAAAAUUAGGCCUUUCUUUCUUUUUUCCUUUUCCUGGGUAACAUGACCUGGAGGUUUAUCCUAUACUGAAGGCACAAUGUUUGGACUGCAAAAAACCAUGAGACCCUUAAAGAAAUGGCAGGUCUGUUUCUGUCACACCUUCUUUUGGUAUCUUUUUCUGUCUGACGUUACAGAUUCCGAGGUUAAAUUUGGGAUAUAGGCAUACUUCAAUCCUUACAUUUGUACGGGCAAAUAUUGAAUCUCUCUGUUCUGGGAGUAAAAGUAGUAAGGUUCUUGGCUUGUAAGUUUGAUGGAUCCCUGUAAUUGGGCACUGAGAAUUGACAGCAGUAUCUUAAGGCGGCUGAACUUGCUCGGUUUAAUUUUU